AUGGGUCGUCGCUUGGGUAACAACGGAGCCCUUUCUUGGUCGCGCUCUCUUCACAAAAGUCUUGCACGCUCAGAAAACGUUUUACUUUCUCACUCUUCACAUCGCAUAGAGACGACAACCGCUCUCCUCAUCAGUGAUUUUCUGGAUAUUGUGAAAAAUGAAUUACAUAUUCUUUGCUAA